AUGUCCGUCCGACCUGAGGAGUAUCAUAUUCCGUCCACGGAUUAUUCCCCAAACAACCGGCUGCCCGUGCUCGUUUACCGAAAUGUCCUCCCCAAACCCCAUGAUGAAGCCCAUACCAAAGAAUUUCUUGAAAAAAGUGGAUGGGAGAGGAGGGGGACCUGGGGGGCUAUAACCGCCAAGCACUUUCACCCAAAUACACAUGAGUGUUAUGGUGUUUUCCAAGGCAGCUCCGAACUAAUUUUCGGAGUGGGUGGUGCCGAUUCUGGAGAAAUGGGCGCCAGAUGUCGUGUUCAAGCGGGAGAUGUAAUCGUGGUGCCAGCUGGUGUCUCACACGCUUCGGUCAGCGCAGAUGAUAAAAUGACCAGCCCAGAACAAAGGUACAGAUACGUUGGCGUAUACCCCCAGGAAGCACCAAAAUGGCGUAACGAGUAUGGAAAAAGAUUACUAGACAAUAAUGAUGCAUUGUUUGAAGAGAUUGCUGCAGUAGCAGUUCCCAGGCAGGAUCCUGUGUAUGGGGUUGACGGGCCACUCGUACACAUCUGGGACGCUGCAACAACGAGCUCUUAG